AUGGAAUGUGUUAUUCCGAUUGAUAUAUUAAGAAGAGCUGGAGCCGAGGUUACAGUAGCCGGUUUGACCGGCACGAAUCCAGUGACGUGUUCGCGACAAGUUGUUAUUGUGCCGGACAAAGCACUGUCGGAUGUGAAGGAACACAAAUUCGACGUUGUCAUUUUGCCCGGUGGCAUGAAAGGUGCAAAUUCACUUGCAGCGGUACGGCUUUCUACAUCUUUUCAUUCGGACGAAGUCGGUGCAAUAUUGCGAGCACAACACGAAACUGGUCGUUUUGUAGCGGCGAUAUGUGCCGCACCAAUUGCAUUGAAAAGGUACAAAUACUCGGAAGAUCGUGUUGUCACUACAGGCCACGUAGUAACGAGUCGCGGCCCGGGAACAGCAUUUGAAUUUGCACUGAAAUUGGUGGAGUUACUUUUUGGAGCUGAAAAAGUAAAAGAAGUCUCUGCACCGAUGGUUGUCAAAGAUUGA